AUGCUGUCGUCACCUAAAACAACGGAUGACACUCCUGAAGAUUACAUAAAUUCUGAUAUUUCCCAAUCUUCCUCAAGAGUCAGGAGCAUUGAUACUUCAAAAUCUCAGGAAGAAUCUUAUACUUACACAGUCAGGAGAAUUCUCCCUCCGAUUUUCACAGUAAUCUAUCUAUCUUAUCUAUAAAAUUGAACUUCAAUACCAGGCGAACCUGCAUUGGUCGUUAAACGAGAUAGAACUAAGAUAAAAAAUUAUAGAAAAUUCCCUUUAAUUGCCUUAUCAGUGGGUGGAAUUGCCCGUUAAGUUCACAAUUUGGUCUGACCAAGCCUAAUAAUUUUGGUCAGACCAAAUUGUAACAAUUCACCCACUAAUAGGGCUAUCUAUUGGAAUUACGUAUAGCGCAUCUCAUAAAUUAAAAUAUGCAAGAGAAAAAAUUUCAGUCAGAAACAGAUAGUUCUGACGACAAUAUAUUUAAUUAUACUAUUUUCACAGUCAAAGCAGAAGAAAGUGAAUUUCAAAUGGAAGAUGAAGAAAUUGACCCAUAUGAAGAACUCAAUAAGCAAUGAAAAUGCCUUCUUCAAUAA